AUGAAAUAAAUUUCAAUAAGAUUUUGGAUUGCCAGAAAACUAUCAUAUGAAACUGUUUUUUUUCAAAUCAAUUCUAAAUAAUUUAUUGAUUAAAUUGAAGAAGUUGAAUCUUAAAAAAAACUGAUGAUAAAUAUAAUAUUCAAAAUCAGAAACAAAAACAAUCAUUUGAACAUGAAAAAUUUCUAAAAUCAAAUUAACUUAUUUCCUUCAUUAAUUCUAUUAUCAUCUUAUUCUGUAUCUCGAAAUCUGAAAAAUACAGAUACAACCAUAUUUUUAUUAAAAGGAUUUUAAGAACAUUUAAAUUAAUCCAAAGUUAAAGAACAAUUAAAAGUCAAAUAUAUAGUGUACCUCUAUCUUACAUAAUUUCUAUAAAUGAAAAUAGAGAGUUUUUAAUAGAAAAAUAACUUUUGA